AUGAUUCCGGAGCCAGAGGGGUCUCGAUCCCAGGGGACUAAUAUCUCAUUAGGGUAUACAAGCCAGCCAAAAAAUGUCACAAGGCAUCCCGCAGCAGCCACCCCCAGCCAAUAUUCUGCAGAUGCACUUGAUAACCGAAGCGACUUUUCCGAUUCAUGGAAAUCGUUCCAGCAUUCUGAUAUAUCGACUGAUGGCGGCAGCAGGAAGCCCCAUCGCCGUCAGCAUGCAGGAGAAUGGCAUAGCGACGAUGAAAUAUCCUCGUCAUACCGAACCGCGCAUAAAUCGAAAUAUUGGCCACCAACCCUCGAUGAAUUCCUCAGACAAGAAUCUCACGACGACAAACCGACCCGAAAAUCAAAACAUGAGAAUGCCCCUGAACAAGUUCCUCGCCAAGGUGGAUCAACCCGUCGACAAAAGACUGUGGCUACGGAGGAGUUUUACACCUAUAUACCGGAGUCGGGCAAGAGGGAAAGCUCCCCUCGGAAAGAAAGACGUCGCAGCAACAGCUCACUGCCUCGUUUGGAACGGGCUAAAUUGGAUACGUGCACCCACCGAUAUCUCGAUCCGACAGAUAGAUCCAAUUCCGAUCCAACGCAAAAUUUACCAGCUGUCUCGUCUGGGGCGACAUAUGAUGGGACUGUUGCUCAACAACCUGUCUUUCCUCCGAUAACUUUUAGCCAGAGUGGCCAGGACUACAACCCCGAGGGGUGGGAAUAUGUAUCCCCUGCUCCUUGCUACGAGUGCAAUGGCCAUGAUGCUCCAUGGUCAGCGCCCUCCUAUCUGCCCGCGAUGGACAUUCCGCCACAGCUUCCAUACAUCGGGUACCAAGAGAAUAUGCUGCAGCUUGGACCAGGGUCUAACUCUGCUCUUGCUGGACAAGAGACUGUGAGCCGCAACGCUGUCAUUCCCAAGAGACAAGUCUCUCCACGACGCCGUUGUGAGGAAGCUCCGGCUUCGUUGGCCCCCUGCCCAAGAUCUAUCGCUAUCGCCGAUUACGGUGACUGGUCCACCAUCAUGGGAUUGACUCAUUUGAACAUCUGUCCAUCCUGUACACAGCAAAUAGAACAGACGCGAUUUGAGAGCCUCAUUAUUGCUGCACCUGUCCAACCUCUGGGCCUGCCCAUCCGGUGCUCCCUCAGCCAACCUUGGGCACGCCUAGCAUGGGUACAAACGAUGAAACUUGGCUUAAACCAUCUUGAACUAUUGUACCAGCUCACCCGCCCGUCAUCGAUCUACAAGCACUGUCCUGGCCGUACGCUAUCAAACCAGACAUGGUACCGAAUCACCGAUCCAGAGACAGGCAGGCUAAUGCCAAAUUUCAACGCAUGCGCUUCAUGCUUUCGCAAUGUCAGGAUUUUGAUGCCAUCCCUCCGUGAUUCGUUUCAACCUAGUUCGACUGCACAGGAACGAACCUGCGAUCUCCGAUGCGGUAGCACUCGCUUCAUCCAAUAUCUCGACCUCCUCGAUGUUGCAGCCACUCGUCAUCGACACGACUCGGGACACAAGCCUGACCUCAGAGACUUCAUCCGAUACGCCAAACGCAAGAACCGCAUAUACGAUUGCCCCCGCGACCAUCUUGUGGUAGGGCCCUGGCAUGUCAUUGAUGAACUGCCAGAGUUUACCGUCUGUGAAGACUGCUACGAUGAUGUAGUCUGGCCUUUUGGAAACAGCCCUGUCGCUUCGCUGGUUUCUCGAACUGUUCAAAUGACCCCAGACAAGAAAGCCCAAGCAACACGUCAAGCAUCUUGUCAGCUAUAUAGCCCACGUAUGAGGAUGAUGUUCCGCGAAGCGGUUAGGCGAUCAGACUUUGGGUACCUGAGGGCUGCGGUGGUGGCACGAUAUCAAGCUGAGACUGCUUUCCGCGAAAACAAGAAAUUGCUACUGGAAGAUGUUUCAAUGUGGUAUGACCGUGAUGCUGAAUUAAGGAAGAACGCAGCGGAGUGGAAGCGAUGGGAGUGA